GCAUAAUUUCUCCGUAGAUUGGGCCCGACCCAACGUAGAUCUUAUUACUUUCACGUCGCUAAGCUGUUGCGAGAAACGGUGCAUCUCUGAUUCUUCUCCGUGGGGGGGCUUCGAUCCUCCAGGAAGUCGGGACGGUUGGACGGCAGCGCUCGCCGGAACUACAGUGAUUCGCGCCUCCGACCAAACAAUACUGUUCUUACUUUUAAGCUCAACUCAGGCACUCUCUCCCGCUAGGUUCCUAUUCGGAGUCGGUGGGCCCACUUUCUGUUACUGGGCUUUAGCCCUAGGCAAAAGAUACAUUGUCGCUCCUCUUUCCUCGUACUAUCUACCGGCGACCCUGUUGUUCUGCUGAAUUCUAGGGUUUCUUGCCUUUCUUACGGUUGGAUCGUAUUGGAGGAUGAGUAGCUUGGUGGAGAGACUUCGAAUACGGUCAGAUAAGAGGCCUCUCUACAGUGACGGAGGAUCAGACGAUGAUGAUUUCAUUCUUUCGAAGAGGAAAUCUGCGUCUAAGCCGGAGGAGAAGCCCGCGGAGCGGAUAGAUAGAGACGACGCGAAAGAAGAUGCAUGCCAAUCAUGUGGAGAAGGUGGAAGCCUUCUUUGUUGUAGAACUUGUACUUAUUCUUUCCAUCAAAAGUGCUUAAUUUAUCCCAUCAAAGCGUCUGCCACUGAUAGCUGGACCUGUCCUGAAUGUGUGAGCCCCCUCAAUGAGAUUGAUAAGAUUUUAGACUGUGAAACACGAGCAACUGCAGUAGAUGACGUUAAUGUUUCACAUUCUGGGUCCAAAAAGGCUGGCGUUAAGCAUUACUUAGUAAAGUGGAAGGGAUUGUCCUAUCUUCACAGCACUUGGGUGCCAGAGGAGGAGUUUAAAAAAGCUUGCAAAGUCAAUCCACGAUUGAGAACCCGGUUAAAUACUUUCCAGAAACAAAUGAAUUCAAUGAAUGGUGCUGAUGAUGAUUGGAUUGCUAUUCGCCCUGAAUGGACAACUGUCGACAGAAUCAUUGCAACAAGAAAAAUUGGUGAUGAACGAGAAUAUUUCGUGAAAUGGAGAGAACUUCCUUAUGAUGAAUGUUCAUGGGAAGUUAAAUCAGAUAUUUCUACCUUCCAACCUCAAAUUGAAAGGUUCAAUAUGAUCCAAUCUAGAGGUAGUAAAAAAUUUCGUAGCAAGAACAAAAAUCUCAUUCGUGAUUCAAAAGAUCCUAAAAUUAAGGAGAAAGAGUUGCAACCAUUUGAGGAAAAGAAAGUGUUUCGGCAUAUUGAGAAAAAGAUAGAGUUCCAGCAGUUUGAGAAAAGUCCAGAAUUUAUUUCUGGAGGGACAUUGCAUCCGUAUCAGCUUGAAGGUUUAAAUUUCCUGCGCUAUUCCUGGUUUAAAAGCACUCAUGUGAUCCUUGCAGAUGAGAUGGGCCUUGGAAAAACUAUACAGAGUAUUGCAUUUCUUGCUUCUCUUUUUGAGGACAAUAUUUCUCCUCAUUUAGUGAUAGCACCACUUUCAACACUGCGGAACUGGGAGCGUGAGUUUUUAACGUGGGCUCCACAAAUGAAUGUUGUAAUGUACUUUGGAUCAGCCCAAGCUCGUACUGUCAUAAGAAAUUAUGAAUUUUUCUUACCCAAAGGGAAAACUAAAAAGCACAGGAAGAAGAAGUCUUUCAAAGAUGUGAAACCAAAGAGGCAAGCAAAAAGAACAAUGUUUGAUGUUCUUUUAACAUCAUAUGAAAUGAUCAACAUGGAUUCAGCAUCUCUGAAAUCUAUUAACUGGCAGUGCAUGAUUGUUGAUGAAGGUCAUCGUCUUAAGAACAAAGAGUCCAAAUUGUUUCUUCAACUAAAACUUUUUAAUGCAAAGCAUCGUGUGCUUUUAACUGGAACACCUCUUCAGAAUAACUUGGAUGAGCUUUUCAUGCUGAUGCACUUUCUUGAUGAUGGAAAGUUUCCAAGUAUUGAAGAUUUUCAGAAGGAAUUCAAAGAUAUUAAUCAGGAGGAGCAAAUUGCAAGGCUUCAUAAGUUGCUUGCGCCACACCUCCUUAGAAGAGUAAAGAAAGAUGUUAUGAAGGACCUGCCACCAAAAAAAGAGCUCAUUUUACGUGUGGAUUUAAGCAGUAAACAGAAGGAAUAUUACAAAGCCAUCCUUACUCGGAAUUACCAGAUUCUUGCACGUCGUGGUGGUCCACAGAUAUCCCUUAUUAAUGUUGUCAUGGAACUCCGCAAGCUCUGUUGUCAUGUAUUCAUGCUAGAGGGGGUGGAACCUGAAACUGAGCCAUUGAAUGCUAAUGAAGGUUUAAAGCAACUUUUGGAUUCGUCUGGGAAGAUGCAAUUACUGGAUAAAAUGAUGACGAAGCUCAAAGAGCAGGGACACAGGGUUCUUAUAUAUUCACAGUUUCAGCAUAUGCUGGAUUUGCUGGAGGACUACAUGACUUAUAAGAAAUGGAUUUAUGAACGGAUUGAUGGAAGGAUUGGUGGAGCUGAAAGGCAGAUACGCAUUGACAGAUUCAAUGCUAAAAGUUCAACGAGAUUUUGUUUUCUUCUUUCUACUAGAGCUGGUGGACUGGGUAUUAAUCUUGCAACGGCUGAUACUGUUAUUAUUUAUGAUAGUGAUUGGAAUCCUCAUGCUGAUUUGCAAGCAAUGGCUAGAGCACAUCGUUUGGGGCAAACUAAUAAGGUAAUGAUAUACCGGCUUGUCACUCGUGGGACCAUUGAAGAAAAGAUGAUGCAAAUGACAAAGAAAAAGAUGAUUUUAGAACAUCUUGUUGUUGGUCGACUCAAGACACAAACUGUUAAUCAAGAAGAGUUAGAUGACAUCAUAAGAUAUGGGUCAAAGGAUCUUUUUGCUGAUGAGAGUGAUGGACCAGGGAAUACUCGCCAAAUUCAUUAUGAUGAUGGUGCAAUUGACAGGCUACUUAAUCGCGAUGAAAUUGAUGCGGAAGAUGCUUCAGUUGAUGAUGAAGAUGAUGACUUGCUAAAAGCCUUCAAGGUGGCAAACUUCAAAUACAUAGAUGAAGUUGAAGCUGCUGCGGCAAGGGAGGAGGAAGCUAAAAGGCAGUCUAUGGCUGAAAACGGUUUUACCUCCAAUCCUGAUAGGGCCAAUUACUGGGAAGAACUACUUAGGGACAGAUAUGAAGUGAUCCAGAUUGAAGAGUCUACUACUAUGGGCAAGGGAAAGCGAAAUCGGAAACAGAUGCCUGCUACUGAAGAGGAUGAACCAGCUGAAACAGGCUCUGACGAUGAUGACUAUUCCUUUGAGGAAGAAUUGUCAGACACGGACGUUGGUCUACCUGGACAAACAUCAGGAAGGAGGGGGCAACUCUCAAGAAAAAGAUGUCGAGGUAAUUUAUUUCCUACAUGCUUAUAUUAUUUAUUGUACCAAAGGUAUCAUUUAAGAAGCAUUGUUUACAAAUUGAAAGCUACAUUUGCAGUUGAUUUAGCUGAACCACAUGCCCUAAUGGAAGGUGAAGGAAGGUCUUUCAGAGUUCGUGGUUUUAAUCAAAACCAAAGGGCUGCAUUUUUGCAAUUGCUUAUGAGGUUUGGUUUUGGGAAAUUUGAUUGGAAGGAGUUCGUGCCUCGACUAAAGGGAAAAAGCAUGCAAGAAGUUCAUGAUUAUGGCCGACUAUUUAUGGAGCAUCUUACUGAAGAGUUAAAUGAUUCGCCCACUUUUUCAGAUGGAGUACCAAAAGAAGGUUUACGGGUAGAUGAAGUACUGGUUAGACUCGGCACCAUUCAAUCCAUAGAAGAGAAGUUGAGCUUUCUCUCAGAAAAUCCUGGGACUCCCCUUUUUGCAGAAGGCAUACAGUCAUGGUUUCCUGGUUUGAAAGGAAGAAUAUGGAGGGAAGAACAUGAUAGUUUGUUGUUGAAAGCUAUCCUAAAGCAUGGCUACGCUAGAUGGCAAUAUAUUGUUGAGGAUAAAGAUUUUGGGCUUGCGGAGAUUGUUCGUCAAGAGUUGAACCUUCCUGUGAUUAAUGGACCUUUUACUGGUGCGGGUAACCAAGUAAUUGACAGUUCAAAGACAGGAAACUCGGUAAAUGGUUCUUCAGAAGCUCCCAAGGCAAACCAAUCAAAUCUGGAUUAUUCUAUGCUUUAUCAAUUUAGGGAAGUACAAAGAAGGAUUGUGGACUUCAUACGAAAAAGAUAUCAUCUUUUGGAUAAGGCUAUAAAUGCAGAGCUACUGAGAGAAAAAAAUGGUGGAGCUAAAUUUUCUGAGACUACUCAUGAUUCUGAUAUUGACCCUAAGGCUACUGAAAUUCUCAGCUCAGAACCUGCGGAGCCAAGCACUUUAUCUAAAGAAUUGCCUAUUAUGGAACCCAUUGAUCUGCAGGAAUCUGCUUGUGAUGAUAAUAGCGGUCGCCUCGAGAUGAUUAGACUUUACAAUGGAAUGUGCGGGGUAAUAGAAUCCAACACCCCGGAUGCUCUCCAUGCGUAUUUUGGCAACAGUUCUGCUGCUUCAAAUUUAAGCAAAAAUCUCCAACAGCUUGAAAUUAUAUAUGAAGAUGUGCAUCGAAUUCUUACUGUAUCCACUCAAAACUCUGCCAUGGAAAGCUCAGAUGUUAAGUUGGCAGAGGGCAGUGAGCAUCAGAGCGAAUCCAAACUCGGAAGAACUUCAGAGACAGAAAAUAUUCAUGCCGAAGUUAAGGUGGCGAACACUUCUGUUUGUGAAGAGAGCACCAACUCUCAAGCUUCAGAUAAAAAGAAAGCUGGUGAUAUAGGAGAUGAAUCGAGCAACAGUUAAAAUAAUUGUUCUGCAGAUUCGUUAAUGCAUUUGCUACUUGACUUUCAUUCAAGCAAAUCUUCCUUGUAACCGAAGGUCUGACAUUUUAUUGAAAUUCCCAGCUAUUUAGUGCACAAGGGAAUUGUAUGUUUUAUGCUUCUACAAAUCUGGCAUUCGUUACUGUUUAAUGAUAACAAGUACAUUUGUAGUAUGUUUUCCCUUUGGUUGUCAGUUUUGGCUUGAGCCUGUUUCACAUGAUGCAAUCUAAGCAUGGAUUUGUAAAAAGUAGUUGGUGGUCGCAGAGUUAUGUAUGGGCUGUGAGUGUACACAGUGUACUUUUAUUUUUAUAUAUAGUGUGCACACACUAUGAAUACUCCCA